CGCCAUGGAGACGUACCCGCUGCCGCACCACCAGGCGACAGUGCACCUCGCCCUGUUCCACCCAAUCCACAACGCGGCCGCGCUGCGCUCUCGCCUCGUCUCGGCGUCAACCCUCGCUCAAGAUGAAGCCGGCAACCGCGAGCGCGCCGCUGUCGACUUUGCGUUCGUUGAUGCCCGCAUGAUCACCUCGAGGCUGCACUUGCUCACGGCGGUGCAGCAGGCGCUCCUCGCCCAGGCCGACGGCGCGCUCAAGACCAAGACGCUUCAUUCCGAGGUCCUGUGGAUGCUCGAGCCGGGAACGAACAUCACCGACUCGCUCAAGCAUUUUGGUCUCUCGCCCUCGACCGCGUCGCUCGUCCUCGUCCACAUCGCGCCGUCAACGGGUCAGGCGACGGCCAAGAGCGAGCGCACGGCGGCCGAGGACGUCCUGCGGCGCAUGGCGGCAGCCGUCGAGGGCGAGGUCGUGUCGCUCGAGGCGCUCGGACGGUCAGAGGGCGGCACUCUCGACGAGAAGGCCGUUCGCAAGGUGUACAAGCUCAACCAGGACACGGCGCUCAAGGGCCUGCAGGCGGGCUCGGACGACGCGAGGGCGACGCUCGACCGCCUCGUCACGUCGUCCGUCGCGCUCAAGGUCGCCAUGUGAGGCGUGCGCCGUCCAUCAUGACCGCAGAACGGCGUCGCACGCUGUGAGCGACGGCAUCAAUGCGUGCCGGACGACGCGAGCGAGGUCAAUGAGGCCCUCGCCUUGACCGUCUAUCCUUCUUCGCGCCCAUCGACCCGACGAUCGAGCGUGUGAUGGACGACGACCGGCUCGAGCAGCCUCGCGGUCGUCUUCUUCCCGCCGACGCUCGCCAGCACGACCCUCUCGAGACUCGGCAGCGCAGGCGCGCCGUAGAGCAUCUCGACCUGUAUCUCUUUGUUUUUCUGCGG